AUGGGCCAAAAAUGUGUAAAGCCCUAUACAUGCUAUCUGGGUCGGACUGGGCCCAUUACAACUUGGUCUAUUUAUCCUAUAGGAACAAAAAAGAAAAGAGAGAUACAGAAAUCCCUAGAUCGAAAGAAAGAAGAUGGCGGAUACUCUGCGGCGGAUGUUGGAAAGCGGAAAGCUAACGGACGAACAAUGCCAAUGGCAAUAGAUUUGGAUGAAGAGAUGGGUGGAUGCACAUCUGAGAUCACCCCUGUCGAUAGUAGAAAAAGGAAAAAGAUAGCGAUUCAAGGAACAAAUGAGGAAGAAGAAGUCGACAACCGGAAAUCUCUGCCGCAGUUGUUGGACAUGCGGAAGCUACCUAAUGAAGAAAAGAAACGUAUUUUUUACCAAUAUGAAGAACUAGGGGUUGAAGAAGACAUGGAUUACAUUAGGCAAAUCGCAUAUACUCAGGGUUUCGAUUUCAAGCCUGACGUUUGUAUCCCACGUCUUGAAGGAUACUCACCAUUUUAUUUUGGCGAAAACGAAGAACAACCACCUACCGAAAUGGUUCUCUACGGCCGUUUGGGAGUUCAUUGGUUCAACUUUGAGCAGAAAAGGAAGUUGAAGUUCAUACGCAUACCAAAAUUGAAUACCGAACAUCCCUUUUCUGUUUCUUACUUUAUUACUGUCGAGGUUAAAGAUGAUGAUGCUGCUGCUGCUGAUUCUCUCACUUUGCAAACUCUGGUCAGGAGACCUUCCUUUCCCGAGUUGAAACUCUUGAUGGAACGCUGCAGAAUCAAACCAGCGGAAAUAUCAGACCACUCGUUUAACUGCUUCUAUCAGUCUUUCCGAGGAUGUAUGCCUACCUUUUUGUCGGAACUACCAGAAGAAGCUGAUGAUGAUGAUGAUGGUGUUAGAUUCUACGAGGUUCAGACCAAGGACAUUGAUAAUAAUGAUUGGCUUCGUCUCUAUACCGAGUUUGCACUUUUCCAAGUUUGCGAGGCUGGAUCUCAUUCUUUCCUGCCACAGCAGAUAAAGAUAAAGAAGAUACUUGUGGAAACCCGAGAACCUCAUACUGAUCCGUCUCUCAAGCUCGACUCUAUGAAUGCUAUCUUCCACAUAAGCUUCAGGGCCAACAGUUGCGACUACACAUCGGUAGUAAGGAGAUCUACCGAUGGGAUUUCAGGACAUAUGUUCCUCGAAGUUGAAAAUUUCUCUCCACAAGUUCCUUCAUGAGAGGAUCAAAGUUGGUGGUAAACCCGGUGCACUCUGUGAGAAGAACAAGAUCACUGUCACUUCUGAUGGUUUAUGUCGUUUAGCUAUCCACCUCAACUAUAUCUAUGCUCUUGUAUUUGUCUUCUAUCCUAUCAAACAGCUUGGUUGAAAAAACCAUUACUUCAACAUUUUGUUUGUGUGUGUUUCUGUUGACGAUAUUCUUGUGUUUUAAAUUUGUCUUUUAUCAUUUUCCUACGUGUUGCUACUCUAAUCAAACUUUGCCGUUUGUUCUC